AUGGCUGGCACGGGUGCCUCCAGCCCAUUCAUCAAAGACGAGCCUGAAGACCAGUUCUUCGCAUCCCACAACCAAAGAUUUAUGGGGGGGAAUCAGCAAGGCUUCCAACAAAACUACAACCACUUCGGUGGCCAGAGUGGGAGCAUCAACCCUAGCGAUCUCACUAUGGCGAGUAACGGGGUUGCCAUCCCAAAUGGAUACGGAUCCCCGUUUCAAAACAAUUUCACAUCUCAAGCGCCUGCACCUCAUGCAAAUGCAAGCUUCUCCAAGGGAGCUAUGUUCGAGGAUGACGAAUUACUCGAGAGUAUUGGGACAAUGAACGAAUCGCAUUCCAACCAGGGUAUGCAGGCCAACCGCCAAGAAUUUGGCAUGGACUACGGGAACGAUUUUCAACAAAACAUAUACUCGGGUCAAAAUGGUAAUGCUGCCUUAUCGAUCGAUCCUAACCACAUAAAUGGCUACUCCAAUACUCCAGACGGCGAUCCCAUCCAAAGCCCUUUUGUGCAUAACUUCAAUCAUGCCCAAUUUAGGCACAUGCAGCCGCAAAACAACUUCAGCAACUCACUCCACUCGCCUGUCUCCUACAACGGCUCACCUCUUCCUGGAUCAGACAUGCACAAUGGAUCGGCGGACGCCGCGAGACAAAGACCCCGGUUGUCCCAAGUGAUGCAAAGGAAGAGCUCUAGUGCUAGAAGCCCAUUGACUCCCAAGACCCCUGCUAUCUCUUCUCUGAAUAUUGGUUCGGCCGAAAACGGCACAUUUCCAACUCCCAUUCGGACGUCACAACAUCGACACCAGAAAACAUUAUCUGGCCAAUGGGAUCAGACACCCAGUAGUCUUACCUCCUUCCCAGGCUCUGAAUUUUCUUCGCCAACUCAAGGUGUUCAUCCUAACCCACAAAUUUCUGAUAUUCUUCUCAAGGGCACAUCGAUGCCGGCCAAGUUGAACAACGGGCAUCAGGCUGGCAAUGCUCCUGCUUUACAAUCCCAAGAAAUGAAGAGGAGGAGGAGACGAGAGUCCCACAACCUGGUCGAGCGCCGGAGGCGAGACAAUAUCAAUGAGCGAAUUCAAGAAUUAAGUCAUCUUGUUCCUCUCCAUCGCCUCGAGGAUGAGAAAGUACGGAAGGCUCUGCAAAACAACGGGCCAUUGUCACCCACCCUUGCUGGUCUGUCUCAGCCCCCUUCUGGUAUGAGCCCUCCUCAAGCAACGUCAGGUCUUGCUGGACCUGGCGCACGAAGGGCUACCGCAGGUAAUAUCACUACGGGAAUUCCGAUUGAAGAGAAAGACAAGGGUCCAAACAAAGGCGACAUCCUCAAUGGUGCAGUGAGCUGGACUCGCGAUCUCAUGUGGAUGCUUCACACCAAGCUUCAACAGCAAGAAGACCUCGCCAAUAUCAUUACUGAGUUGGGCGGCACGUUCCCGUUCGAGGAGACCGAAGAUGAAAGACGUAUGCAAACCGAGCUGAUGGAUGCGAUGAUCAAGAACGACGGAGGAAAGUUUCACUAUUCCCGUGCACCGGGUACCGGUCUUCGAGUUCCAAAGCAUACCGACGUCAAGGGUGACCCUGUUGGUAGUUCUUUAGGCCAAAAUGAUACUUCGCUUAGCCCAGAAAACCACAGCACAGGUGGUGACAACCAGCCUGGUAUGGGCGGACCCGGCCAAUUCUGGAGCGGACAUAACAGCGGAGGCAGUGGAGCCGGAUCAAUCAGUUUCAAAGAGGAAGACGAAUAUGGAAUGGACCUCACUUCGUAG